UACCUGGUGACGUCACCGGUAAGGAUGCGUUCACCUGUUCCGGGGUGUGGCCAGAGAUGACUGCAUAGUCGCUGCUCUUCGGGGAAACAACGAACUGUUUUGUUUAGGUUUAUGUUGAAAACAGGCCUCUUAUGUAGUUUAGUUUUUCCUCUUCUUUUAACUAUUUUUUAAUGUGAACAUUUUGAUUUCAUCUUUCUAUUCCAACCCGGAGUUUUUGAGCAGCAUUUUGCCAACAUGCGGAGACUAAUUACCAAGAUUUUCCUGUUGUCGCUCCUCAGAGAGUCGCUGUGUAUUCAGGUGAAUGUUCCUCAAAGGCAGCGCAGCACAAUGCUGUUUGCAUCAGUGACACUCCGUUGUGACUACUCGACCAGUGCAAACGUCCGAGAUGUCCUGGUCACCUGGAAGUACAAGUCCUUCUGCAAGGACCCGGUGCUGGAGUACUACUCCGCUGCAUACCAGUCUGCACUACAGCUAGGACAGGACCCAACGAAUGACUGUCAAGAUAGUCAGCGGACUAUACGCAUUGUGAUCCAGAAGAGAGGAAUCGAUGAGCCAAUAAUAGGAGGAGAGUACAGCCAACGCAAGAUCACCAUCCAAAACAAGGCAGACCUGGUGAUCACUGAAGUGAUGUGGUGGGACAACGGGGUGUACUUCUGCACUGUUGAUGCUUCUGGAGACACCACUGGAGACAGUGACCAAGAAGUCAUACUCAUCGUCUACAACUGGUUAACAGUGCUUUUAAUCAUUAUGGGAGUCUUCCUCCUCCUCAUUCUCAUCUGUAUCUGCUGCUGCCAGUGCUGCCCUCAAGUGUGCUGCUGCUAUGUUCGCUGUCCCUGUUGCCCACAAGCAUGCUGCUGUCCUGAAAAAGUGGUGAUGCAGCAUCGUAUGAUGAAGGAGGCUCAGAGAGCCAUGUCUCCCUGGUUAGGAGGACAGCCAAUAUAUGCACCAAUGAGUCAUGCCUCCUCCCCGAUGAACCCAAUGCUCUACUCAGGAUCUGUUUCAGGUAAAGGCAUCCCUAUGAGCCCGAUGCCCCUGCCUCCUCCUCAGUCUUCAGCUUACAGCAUGCCUCCUCCCAGUGUCCAUAGCAACCAUGCCAAUGCAAACAACAAACAGAUGCUUGAUUAUCUGGAGAGCCAGGUGAAAGGGAUGGACAUGACUAGCCCCUUGCUCCCUCUACAGUCCCAGCCACCUCCACCCCACCACAUGCAGCAGAUUCCACCUCCACCCCACCACAUGCAGCAGAUUCCACCUCCACCCCACCACAUGCAGCAGAUGCCACCUCCUCCCCAGCAUGCGCCCAUCACCAUCCCAUUUUCAUCUGGUCCUCCCAGUAUGAUCUCUGGCCUUGAUGAUGGCCCAACAGAGCGUCGCAUCAUCACACUUCCGCCAAUAAGAGAGCAGUAUCAAGGCAGAAUCCCACCCCCUGCACCCAGGACUCGGCCCCCGAGCUCCAGUGAGAGUAGUGGCUUUGGCCGUCGAGACAAUCGUGGAUCUGGGAGUAGGCGCUACCCCUCACCCGCCAGAUCUAGAGGAGUUUCCCGGAGCUACAGCAUGGACUCCCUGGAUGGGCAGAGUCGCAGUGGGGGACGAGGAGGCAUGGACCGCCCCCGCUCCCAUUCCAGGGAUGACCUAUUUGACAGCAGAUCCAUAGGAAAAUACUCUAUCCCUGCAUCACGGCACUCGAGACAAGGGUCCUGGAGCUCGGAUGAUGAGGGCAGCAGCAGAAGACGAGGAGGAGGGAGAAAAGGAGGAGGAGGAGGCUGGGCUGACAAACCUGCCAGCUACAUUGAGUACGAGCCUGGACAGAAACCAGGUGCACGGAGGAAUGGACACCACUCUGACAAGAGCUCUCGCAGUGGCACCAGCGUCGUCAUCUGAACGCUCCAACUGUGAAACGCCCUGUGACCUCUGUUUCAGAGAACAUGCACCAUGUUGUUGUCUGGCUCCUGGUAAACCUUUAAAUCCCACUGUUUUUAUGUAUUAAACAACCAUGAACCAGCUAUUUUAUUACCUUUAACAGGUGAAAGGUGUCAGGAUUUCAUAAAGUAGCAGAUUGAAAUACUCUAAAAUUUGGAAAGUGUGCAGGUGGUAAAGCAAAUGUUGCUUUGUCAGUAAGGAAACCACUAUGUGCUUUAGAUGUUAAUUUAAGACUAAUGGGUCACAUUCACCAAAUCUUCCUGAGUGUUUCCUUAAAUUUGUUAGUAAGUUGUUCUCAAGAAAGAUCCUAAGAAAAGUCUGUCUGAUUCAUGAAUAUUCUUAAACCUCAGAAUUGUUCACUGCAUGUUCUUACAUUGAUGAAUCACAUGUGUUUGUAAAUUGAAAGUGCAUGCCAGUCAUUCCUAAUUGGCAUAGGUUAACACCCCACCAAUGCCCAAAAAAGGCCAAAAGACUGCAGGGGCGUGUGCACACAGGAAUCUCACACAGAAGCAGAAAAGAGAAGUAGAGAAAGCCAGGAAUGCUACAUUGAAAAUCUAAAGAUGGUGGAGCAAUGAACUCCAAACCAAAGAAAAACUUGAGUAGUUAUGAAGUGGAGAACAAUGACUGAGCUGCCAUAUUUAGUAGCAUCAGUAGUGGAUAUAAAGUAAAACAAAAGAGAAGCAUGGGGUGCUCAUUCAGUGAACACUCUAUAAGGAGAAGGGUGCGCAACUGAUGAAUUAAAAAGAUGGUUUGAUCUCAAAUAUGAGGCAACAAAACAAACAUGGAAGUGAGACACUGACUAUUGGAAGAGGACAGGCUGAAUGAUCCAGAGUUAUCUGAGCUGGACCAGCCCAUCAGGGCCAUACAUGCAUACAUACGUGUGCCAUCAGCUGAGUUACCUCCCUGCAUGCACCCAGGCCCCCUCAACUGCCCAGAGUCUGUUCUCAGAUGUGGCCACUAUAUUCAAGAGACACUUAAAGAACUUGACAGAAAUUAGAAAUAAAGAUGUGCACUUAAACAUCUUUGGUUUUUAAGUAAUGUUUCCUAAUUCUAAGCUACAAAUAUUCACAUGUAAAAGCUAAAUUCAUUUUUUAAAACCUUGAUUUAUUAACAAGUUCAUUGCUUGCUGCAGUUUUUAAUGUCCUGGUUAUUUGUUUAGAACGGCCAUAAAACUUUGUAAAACACUGAGAAAAAUAUUAAAGAAAUGCUAAUGAUGACAAAACUUAUUGUAUUUGAAAUCAUAUAAUCUCGUAUAACUGUACAAUUGAAAAACUAAGAUUAUUACAGUUAAUUAAAUGUGACAAAGCAAUAAAACAAUGACCAUAAAGUGCAGAGGAAAUGACUCAGGGUCACUAAAGCAAAUGACAGUUCUUGUUAGUUUAAUAAUUUAAAGCAGCAUAAUUUGUUGUAAAUAAUUAUUUUUCAUAUCUUCUGGAUGUCUAAGUGACUUUUGUCCACCUGUUUUACAAAUGUUUUGAAGGAAUAGGUGUAACCAUUAACCUCACAAAGUAAAGUGGUUUGUAAAUGAGAUGAAGUAUUUACACUUAACAAGUAACUGUACACACUGCAUGUAAAUAUGUAAUUUACAUGUUGACAUAUAGGAAAUGAAAUAAUGUCAACAAUGUUACAGUGCAGCUUUUUUCCCUCCUUUUUUCUGUUACAGUUAGUGCAAAAUCAACAUGUACAGUUCUGGAAACUGACUUACUUUUCCCACAUCCUUUUUACACAGUACAUUGUGUUUUUUUAAUAAUAUUGAUA